GGAGAAAGUGAGUCGGGCGGGUUACAUUUGCUUCGUAAAAAGAGGGGCAGAGCGAAAAGCGCUUCCCUUCGACGGCCGCUGCCUUUUCCCAGCCGCUUCUAGCAGACCCUGGAAACGGCCACAGCCAAACUGGCCAGAGGGGCUGCCUAGGAUGCCGGAGUGCGCGCUCACCUGCGAAAGUUGGCGCGGCUCUCAGGAGCGGGCGGGCGCCUGAAAGGCCAAGUCCUCCUGAGCCCGCUCGUUCUUCUCCGCGGCAGCCUGUUGCUGCGGUAGCGAGGAGUUUCCCCGGAGAAAGCCGCUCCCAGCGGCGGGCAACGGGAUUCAGUGAGGGAGCUUGCGCCGAAGUGAGUUCCUGCGGCGGACAGGACGCUGGCCCUGGCCGCUCCCGAGCCAGUCCACGCGGCGCCCGCCUGCCUGGCACAGGACCUUCCCGGACAGCGAGAAGGACGCGCAGACGAUGGCUGAGAGCGCCGCCGCCGCCACCCCCUCAAGCGGGCCCGGCGGCAAAGCCAACCCCUCGGGCACCUGGUGGAAAUCGCUGACCGCCCGCAAAAAGCCCAAAGAGGCGCCGGCGGCGACACCCGGGACUCCCCGGCCGCCGCCGCCCGACCCUUCGGAGCAGCUCUUCGCCCCGCCCAGCUCUUCGGACUCGCGGGAGAACCAGCAGCCCAACUUGGGCAGCGGCAGCCGCAGGAACCUCAAGAUCUCCCGCUCGGGCCGCUUCAAAGAGAAGCGGAAGGUUCGCGCCACGCUGCUCGCCGAGAGCCCCCAGCAGCUCUUCGAAGGCGCGGGAGGAGGAGGAGGCGGUGCCGCCGCCGCCGCCCCCAACGAGGAGACUCCGUGCCCGUGACCGCCUCCUGUUUCCUUCCGCGCUCUGGGGACUGCGGCUUGGCGGGAGGAGGAGCCGCCUCCUUGGCCGCGUUGGAAACGGUCGCCUUGGCUCCAGCCCAGCCGGAGAGGGCUGUCUUUGCACCUGGGGACGGGGAGCCCCGGCGCUGAGGAGCGGAGCUGGCCGAUUCGUCGGAGUUUGGAAACUUUCCUCCUCCCCGUCUCGCUCCUGGAAGAAGGGGGAGCGGCGUUUAGCCUCUUGUUUCAGGGGGAGGGCAGCGCGACUCUGGAACAAUAUGCAUAUGUAACGAGAGCUUGGCUAAGGACACAAAGAGGCAUAGAAGUCUCGGUUCCAGUUCUUUCCUGACAUGUUCCCAUGGCAUUAAAGUUUGCAAGGAGAACCCUGUCCCCUAGAAUAUUGUCAUAGUGAAUUCUUUCCUGCCACUUUUGUGGGGGCGGGGGGGGGAGCGGGAUUUGGUAGUGCUUAGUACUACAUAAAUGUUGAUAUUUGGAAUAAUUGUAUAAAGGGAAUAAGAAUGGUAAUAAAUACCCACUGCCUAGCUUGUGUGCCACAUAUCUCUACAAGGGAGACAAACACAAUUUAAACUUUCAGCGGAAUAGCCUUGUUAGUCUACUGUAGCAAAACAAAACAUUAAGUUUGUUCACAUGUCCCUGUGCACGCCCAGAUGGAUUCCCAAGUGAGUAUGGAGUCCUGCUAUUGCUCAAAUAACCCAGGUUUUUAAAAAAUGAGUUUGGCAGACAUCAAAGUUGAUAUUUGAAGUCAUAAUGUAGACAGCUCCUUAGAAGGAAUCGUGGGAGCACAAGGGGCUGGGGGAGAGCAAAGGACCAAAGCCCUUGUCCUGGACGAACGCCAAUUACAGAACACUAAAAAUAGCCGGAAUCUGAGAGUAAAAUAAGUCAGGAGUUCUUAUUUGUCUUGUUUGGGUGAUUUUAGAAUACAAGGUAAAAUGUUAUUUCCUGAAAGUGAGCCCACAUGCAACUUCCUGGAACACAGUCACACAGCUGGAUUUAGAAUCCCAACCUUCCUUUUCAUUAGUGAUUCUUCCCAAAGUGGAAGCUUAUCUUCCAUGUGUCCCAGUUACUGUCAAAAAGACUAGGUGGUAAAUGUAUAUGAACUAAUUACCACAGUACCUGUUUGUUGUUGCUUAAAAAGAAGAAUAUUCUGGUCUCUUCAUUGAUGCCAAGGAUAGCUUUUGUUGGUCAAAUAUGCUUUUACUAGAAUGUCUCCAUUUGGAAGGAAGGGGAUUGGAAAAGAUCUGUCCUAUCUUAUUUCAGGGCCAAAACCUUCCAGUGGCACCUGUUGAUUCUUAACAAUUGCAUUCCUGUUGGUAGAAACAUUAUGCAAGCCAGUAAAUGAAUCUGUCUGCUAUUCAGUGAAUUAAAAAGAAAAGCACCAGGUUGGGGUGGGGGGAAGACCAAGGAAUACUAUACAUUUUGAUUCCAAACCUAAUCCUUUCAAAGAUGCAGAAGAUUUUUUAAAAAUGUAAUUUUUAUAUUGUUUCUAAUCAUUAGAAACAACUGCUCAAAUAUGGAUGUAAAAGGAGUCCUGGUUGUCACCAUUAAGAAAUAAACAUGAUC